AUUCAAAAACAUCGGCUUCAAUGUUCCAAAGAAGAACCAUCAUGUCUUUUAAGCGCAGCUGUUGGAGAUUUCAGUCGACAAUGUGUUACUAACAAUCGCGAUGAAUAUUCUGCUGAAAUGAGCUUACAACUGUCGAAUAGUUUAUGCAUAAUCGAUAAUCCUUUGGCAUGUGCAGUUGUAAAACAAUAUAUCGAACAAUCUUCAGUAUUUUCUUCAGUAAUCAACACGAUAGACAACAAUGCAGCCACUAGUUCAGGAUUAUUAACAAGUAACGCUCAUCCUUUGGAUUCGUUAUUUUGGAAUGAUAGUUGCGUCGUGUUUCACAUUUUAAUCCCAUACGAAUUGCACUGA